ACUUGAUUCGUAGUAUUACUCUCAAGGGUUGUUGGGUUGCCUUAUUAAACUAACGAUAGAGGUGGAGGUGGAGGUGCCUACUGACCAGGGACGUUCACUCCACAACAGGAGGAUCGCUGCCCUGCUAUUUCUCUCCAUUCAAUACCAAAAGCGUACUUUCGGAAAUCAAAGAUAUGACUGAUGAAACAAAAGAGAAUGCGGAACAACAAAACCGCCCUGCUCCCCGUCUGAAUUCAAGAAUCCUCUCAUCUUUGUCAAGGAGAUCUGUGGCUGCACAUCCUUGGCAUGAUCUUGAGAUUGGACCUGGAGCUCCCAUGAUCAUCAAUGUUGUUGUGGAGAUCACCAAAGGAAGUAAAGUAAAAUAUGAACUCGACAAGAAGACAGGACUGAUUAAGGUUGAUCGGGUUCUUUAUUCAUCAGUGGUUUAUCCUCAUAACUAUGGCUUCAUCCCCCGCACUUUAUGUGAAGACAAUGAUCCAUUGGAUGUUCUGGUUCUCAUGCAGGAACCGGUCUUGCCUGGUUGUUUUCUCCGAGCAAGGGCCAUUGGACUAAUGCCCAUGAUUGACCAGGGAGAGAAAGAUGAUAAGAUCAUUGCUGUCUGUGCUGAUGAUCCAGAGUAUAAACACUUCACUGACAUUAAGGAACUUGCCCCUCACCGGCUAACUGAGAUUCGUCGUUUCUUUGAAGACUACAAGAAAAAUGAGAACAAGGAGGUUGCAGUUAAUGAUUUUUUGCCUUCAACAACUGCAUUGGAAGCUAUUCAAUACUCCAUGGACCUUUAUGCUGAGUACAUCCUGCACACCCUGAGGAGAUAAAGAGAGAAGGCUUUAUUGACAUCAUUUUAUUCUGAAGAGAAUGUUUUGCUUUUGAAUAAGUUGUCUUAUCAACUAUAUGAACAGCUUCAAUUGUUUUGUUUGAUGAUUGUUAUUUUUUUUUAUGUUCUUUUAGAUAUCCUAUGAAAAGUGACACUGAAUGAAACAUGAAAAACAUGCAUACUAAGCAGAUCCAUCUGCAUGUAAUUUGCUUAUGAACGUUCAUCUGAGAUUGAAUGC